CUUACAUUGAAGUUAUAUAGUUGUUGUUAUAAUAUAAACUCAUUUAUUGUUCUAUCAUCAUCAUCAAAGUUUAUAGCAAAUUUUCAAUAUUCAUACAAGUGAACAAAAUGGGUCUUAUAGGAAAAAGUUUUGCUUCAAAAUUGAAAAACAUAACAUUACUUGGAAUUUCUAGGAUUGCAAUUUUGAAGAAUCAUCGCAAAGCUAAAGCUUCUUAUGCUCACUAUGAUAUUUCUCAACUCUUGAAACUUGGUGACUAUGAUCAAGCUCUUCUUCGUGUAAGUAUCAAAACUAUUAUUAUUAUUUAUUUUUUAUAAAUUAUUUUUCUCUUUUAUUCAACAAGCAUUUUGUAUUUUUUAUUUAUAAACAGGUAGAACAUUGGAUUGUAGAGCAAAACAUGUUGGAUGCAUUUAUCAUGAUUGAAGAUUAUUGUAAUGUCCUAAGAGAAAAAGCUCAAGUACUUGAAAAUAAUAAGGAGUGUCCCAUUGAUCUCAUGGAAGCAACAUGCAGCCUUAUAUUUGCAUCAUCAAGGUGUGGCAAUUUUCCAGAAUUACACAAAAUCCAAGAGAUUAUGACUUCAAAAUUUGGGAAAGAAUUUGCAGAUCAUGCUAUUAAAUUGCAUAAAAACAAUGGAGUGAACUCUAAGAUGAUUCAAAAGCUUUCAUCAAGAUAUAUCACAAUGGAAACCAAAAUGAAUGCUAUGAAGAAAAUUGCUCUAGAGAUAGGAGUUACUUUGCCUUUAGGGAUGGACACUACGUUGUCAAAUAAGGAAAUAUUGAAUGCUGACCAGACGAAAAAUAAACUAGAAACCAAAAUUUGUAGUAGUGUUGAAUCUAUUGAUGAUGUUAAACAUGAAGACUCUCAACAACAUGAUUCUAAUCAAAAUGUAAAUCAAGAUGAGAAUCUAUUUGAUGUGAAUGAGGAAGAUAUUCAACAUGAUCCUAAUCAAAAUGUAAUUCAAGAUAAGAAUCUAUUUGAUGUGAAUGAGGAAAAGAGAAGGAACAAAAAUGCUGCAGAAGCUGUUCUACAAGCUUUGGAAUUAGCAACUUUGGAGAUAAGUAAAUACUUAAAUCAUAAACAAGAGGGUGUAGUAAUUUCAAAAAGAAACUAUAGUAUUGAUCUUAAAGAGGAAUCUCAAUUAAGUCAAAAUCCAAGAGAUGAAAUGAUAACACAAGAGAGUGCAACAAUAUUAGUUUUAAAGGGAAAUGCAAGUAGAGAAAGUGACAUGGUUGGUGAAUUAAGCUCAUACAAGAAUUUGGAUGGUUAUAAUGAUCAUAAAAGUGAGUUUGAUGAAGCUAGAGAAAAUGAAGAUUUGAGUGAAGAAAAAACAUACCCUUCUUCACAGGCUAUUAGAUGGAAUCCACAUAGGUCUCAAAGUAAUGUUGAUGUGAAUCUCAUGGUAAGAAGACAUGUAAAGAAAAUGCAUACACAUCAUGAACAUUUGGAUUGGAAGAUGAUGUCGGUGAGAACCAGAUGAGCACACAAACAAAACCAAUAUUUUUAAAACUAGACCCUCGAUUGGAUAUUAGUUUAGUUGAACCAGAAUGAACCGCAUUGGUUCAUUCGAUUCUUAUUUUUUUUUUUUUUUUUUUUUAUUUUUUCAUUUAUUUAUUUAUCAUCCAAUUCAAUGAUUUAUUAAUUGUCCUUCAAAUGUGAACAAGAG